CUGCCUCACUCUUCAAUUUAGCCGUAGUAAGAAAGAAGAAGAAAGCACUCUUCCAAUCAAAUCCGGCAAUUAUGAAGAUCCUGGUAGCCGUCAAACGGGUCGUGGACUACGCCGUCAAAAUCCGGGUCAAACCCGACAAGAGCGGGGUGGAGACAUCGAACGUGAAGAUGUCGAUGAACCCAUUCUGCGAGAUAGCGUUGGAGGAAGCACUCCGGAUUAAGGAAUCGGGCCGGGCCAAGGAAGUCGUGGCCGUGAGCAUCGGCCCGGCCCAGUGCACUGAUACUCUCCGCACCGGGCUCGCCAUGGGCGCCGAUCGGGCCAUCCACGUGGAAUACCCGGGCACGCUUUACCCCCUUUCCGUUGCUAAGAUUUUCAAAGCGCUCGUCGAUGCUGAGAGACCCGCCCUUCUCCUCCUCGGAAAACAGGCCAUCGAUGAUGAUUGCACCCAAACAGGGCAAAUGAUUGCCGGGCUUCUUAAAUGGCCUCAAGCAACCUUUGCCUCCAAGGUUGUACUCGAUGAAGGGAAUAAAGUGGCAACCGUGGACAGAGAGGUUGAUGGUGGUCUCGAGACUUUGAGCUUGGACUUGCCUGCUGUAAUCACCACUGAUUUGAGGCUGAACCAGCCAAGAUACGCUACUCUUCCGAACAUUAUGAAGGCAAAGUCGAAGGUGAUCAAGAAGCUCACUCCGCAGGAUCUGAAUGUCGAGAUAAGAUCCGAUUUGGAGGUUGUUCAAGUGACAGAGCCUCCCCAAAGACAAGCUGGGGUGAUUCUUUCUUCUGUAGACCAACUUAUUGAUAGGUUGAAAAAUGAAGCCCGUGUAAUUUAAUUCUGUUAAAAUUCUCUGUAACUUCAAACAAUUACCUACUUCUAUAACUAAAUAAGUAUGUAUAAUCUUGUGUUUCACUUA